UUCGGAAGAUGUCCAUUAUGGAAGGAACUUUAUGGAAAUGGACGAACUACUUAAGCGGUUUGUAUGACUUUUAACAAGCGCUCAUUCAUUCGUUUGUUAUUGUUUUGAAACUACCGUUGUAUCGCGCAACCUCGAGAUAAUGAAAUAAGGAACUGAUUUUCCUCCUCGAAGGGGGAAUUUUUUUUCUGUUUACGGCUCGACAAGGAGUGUUUUCGUUACAAUUUUGGGGGAAGUUAGUAUUGUUACUACGUUACGUUUAAAUCCACUUCACACGUUUCAGCGCAGUUUUUCUUUUAAAGUGUCAUUAUUUCUUGUUUCCUUCUCUCCAAUGUUAGAGAGGUUUAUAGUAGACUUACUUCGUCAAACAAGGGUCUCACCAAAAACUGCAGACAACCCAGCUGAUUUUAAUUUAUAUUUCGUAGGAUUUCCCGCGGUUUUGAUUCUCGAUCUUAAGACCCCGGGUCAUAACUUAUUUAUAAUCGCUUGGUUAGAAAUCAAACAAAGAGAUCAAUUAUUCAUUAAUUACUUUGGAAAACCACCCACUACAAGCUUAUUUAGAGGAAGAUCAUGGACUUGCAGAAGUUGUUGUUUAAUGUCACUUAAUUUUGAAUUGAUUUAUUACAAACCUAAGCGUAAAAUAAUGUUAUAAUUUGGCUCGCUGCAACAAAAUGAAUGUCUCAUGACACGUAGAUAACGAAUUAAUUAUUUUGUGGAAAUCAUUUACAUAAACUUCAUUUUGAAGGUCGUACAAAAGGAUUGAUUUUGAUAAUUGAAUUAUUGUAUUUGAUGUGAUGGCUGCCAAAAUGAAAAAGUCACUGAAUUCUGACGUGGACUGCCAGAUUCGAUUUGUAUGUAGUUGAUUGCUUUUAGUCUUUAGCAGAUUAGUAAGGUAAGAGCAGUGACUUGUGUGUUUCUUUUUUUUGUUAUUCCAAAGAAGAAAAAAUUGUUGCUGUAAACUUUCCAUAUGAACUUUUAGUGGGUCAAUUUGUUUUUCAAAUCAAGAUGUGUAAUUACAGCAUUACAAAAUGAGACAAAGUAACUUACAACAAGUCCCCUCAGGGAUCUUGUGACAUGUAGAUGUUUUGUUGGUUAAAAAGUGCUUUUUGAGUGGAAAAAUUAAUUUUAACUUUGGUAGGGCUAGCGUGUAGUAGUUUUAUUAGUUUUAUGGUGAAAAAUAUUUAAGAUUUAAACACUUCAGUUUGUUGGCUUAGUGAAAUGAGUGUACAGAAGUGCAUGAUUUCUAUAAACUUCCCUAGUGAGUCAAUUUGUUUUUCAAGUCCGGAUGUGUAAUAUUACAUUGUAACGAAUGAGAUGAAAUAAUCUACUCAAACAUGAUUUAUGAACGUUGGUAGGGCUGGCAUGUAAUAGUUUAGUUUUUUGUAUAAAAUAAUAAGUGUCCAAUGGUUUUUUUUGGGGAACAAGUUAAAAGAUAUGGACAAAUAUGCAGAAUUUCCUGGAGACUCUUGCGGACAAGGUGCUGCUUUUUUUUCAUGUCUGUAGAGAAUUAAACCAUCUAAAUUUCUUGGAUGAAGAUAAAAACCUCAGGCGCUGCCUCAUAUUACUUUCACUUUAAAGUGACUAUAACAUAUUUUUUUAUUAUUAAUGAAACAGGGCUUCUGAUAUUUCACGCGGUCGCGGAGCCGCAAAAUUCAGGUAAAUUGGCGAAAUCCCACGAAAUUCACAAAAACACGAAAAAUACCUCGAAAUUCGGUAGAAAUCUUAUCAAAUACAUGUCUGUACAACAUAUUAGAAACUUAUUUCAGCUAUUGGAUCUAUUUACUUGCUGUAAACUUGCAAAUUUAUCUUAGAACUUUGUCACUGAAAUGUGCAAACAACAUCCGGAAACUAUCAGGCGUAGAUUAUGUUGCGAAAAACUGGUCACUAGCCAUGAUGUUAAAGGCUUUGCCAUAGGUUCAUUUCUGGAGUGUAUUGUUGUUGAAAGAGUAAAUGAUGACCUUCGUUAGAAAAACGUUAAAAACGUUGGUCUGAUCAGCACAAAGCUGAUUGAUUCCUAGAGAAAUUUGCCUUGGAAAUAACCACAAAAUUGGCUUACCGAUUUCUUUUUGGUAAAGUUUGCCCCGAAAACUCCCGUGAAAUUACCGCAAAAUUGGCCGAUUUUUCCGUGAAUUUGUCCCUAAAAACCCCCCGAAUUUGACUUUUCUUCUGCAACCUGUCAGAAGCCCUGAUGAAAUUUUGAUUAUCACUGCAAGAAUCAUUAUUUUAGGCAGCUCAGAAUCUUUUCAUGUUAUGUUUGACUCCCCAUUCUCCAAAUUUGAGUUUUGGUUGGCUAGUAAUAUGCAGGCAGAGGUGUUAGUAUUAAGAUCACUUCUUUAUAAUUGUCCUUCAGGACUAGUAUUAGUUGCCUGCAGGUAAACAGAGUAAGUGAGUAUACAGUAUUUGUUAGAUUAUAAACUGAACUCAACCAUAAGACUAAGACUACCCCUGCAGUCAUACAAACACUGACUUAACUGACUGAUGAGCUAGUCCUUCCGUGGUUGAUAUUUGGACUUAAUAUUGUUUAGGCUGGCAACCAAGAUGGUUUGUUCUAGAUGUUGGUGUGCUGGCAUAUUACAAGUCACAAGAAGAGGUGGGUCUUGGCAGUCGAGGCUCUGUUAAAAUGGCAUGCUGUGAAAUCUCAGGUUAGUGCUUUUUCUUGAUUCUUUUUUUCUUAAAAGAACGGUCAUUCCAAAUAGGGAUAUUCAAUUCAAUAGUAGUGCUUGAAAUACUCCUGCAAUUGCUAUUCCUUCAUCUACAUGUAAUUAUGUACACUGCGAUGUGUCCUUUAAGCCCCAAUAUUCCUAUUUUCUCCAUCAAUUUUCUCCCAACAAUAUCUGUACAUUUUCUUGUAACACUUAUCAGUACAUAACCAAGAGAAAAAGUUUUGACAUUAAUAAAAUUACCACCAAAGGGAAAAUGCUUUGACGAUCUUUUAUCAAAUUUUCUUGACCAAUUCUGUAAGGAAAAUGUAUAGAGUUCAGUCUGGAGAAUUUGUAUAUUGAUAUAAGGGCUUUAAGAGAGAGUUAACCAACAUAAUACAUGACAAUGACACUGUUGUUGUAUAGUUCAUCACUCAGAUGCAGUAAGGAUUGACUUAAAGAUCCCCCCUGACCAGUAUAUUUACUUGAGGGCAGCCACACCUGCUGAACGGCAGCAAUGGCUUGUUGCUCUAGGAACAGCAAAAGCUUGCCUUACGACAAUGAAGCAAAACGGCCACUCAGAAACCCCUGGAGAAUGUAAGUGGUAAAUGUUAGACGGUUCUUUUACCGACACUAUCUAAAGUGUUCGAGCGCUUGGCGCUCAACCAGCUCAUUGUUUACAUCAGUGAGGAAGCGCUUCUCGAUUCAAGAUUCCGAAAAGGUCAUUCAACAACUACUGUUUUACUGGGGAUACGCCAUGCUCUAAUACGGGCAUCAAGCAGAGGGGAGGUAACACUGAUGGUCUGCUCAGACUAUAGCAAGGCUUUUGAUACCGUCCAAUGUAGGUCAGUGGUCUCUAAGAUGCACAGCUUAGGGUUCUUAAAAUACUUCUUACCAAAGAUGAUUGACUAUCUAACUCAAAGGAGACAGCUGGUGCAAAUUGAUGACAGGAAGUCAGAGAUGGCAAUGGUGGAAUUCGGUGUUCCUCAGGGCUCAAUUCUGGGUCCAGUUAUUUUCAACCGUGUACCAUGCACCAUUUAACAGAAGACAGCAGAUUAAAAUAUGAAAACUGCACUGUUUUCCUUUAGCUGAUGCCAGCACUUUUCAAACUCUUUUUCUUAGAGCUUGUUAAAAAAAACCAUUAUAUUUAUUAAUUCUUUGUAUAAAUAUUUAAAAAGGAAUGGGUGAUUGCUGGCAAAGGGGACUUUUGUAUACAACUCACGGUGAAAAAAAACCCCUGUUUGUAGGGUAAAAUCAGCACUGACAAUGUUUUGAACCCAGGGGAGGUACUUGGGAUUGCAAGUGACGGGGAUGAUCGAAUGGAGCCAAAAGUCAAGACCCAAAAAAAUCCCUCGGGCUUCCAGCAAAACCCCAAAAAAUCCCUGGACCAAAAAUGCAGACUAUUGUAUAACAUGUGCGAUGUAAAGCGACACCAUAGUUAACUAUUAAACAACAGCAAAACACGUUUGUUUGUACUUUAUUUGCAGAACUAUGCAGCCAGGGCACUACCGAUUCUUUUUAAUACCCCCAAAAAAUCCCUACUCAAAUCAAGCUACCCCAAAAAUACUUGCCAAAUUUUCGUACCCCAAAAAAUCCCGGAAUCGAAAAUUUCAAACCCAAAAAUCAUCCCCGUCACUUGAAAUCCCGAGUACCCCCCCUGGGGUUUUGAAUGUACGAUUUACAUCAUGUCAGAAUUGUGAAGUGUGUUUUCGUGAUGAUUUUGUUUGGACUCAUCUUUUAUUGAACAGCUAUAAAUCAAUUAAAAGAAAAGAUGCAAGAACUUAACAUGUACCGUAGCCUGCUGCUGCAGCAGAUUGGAACUAUAAAGAUGCUAUGUUCUAAUAAAGAGGAGAGUCAGGUAAUCUUCUUUAGGCUUCUAAUUGCUGAUAAAUGUGUGUAUUCUCUAUAAGCACUCCACACCUUUCCUUCAAAUGCUAUCACUAUGGAGAAUGUGUGUAAAAAUAAAUUUGAGAUAUCAUAUACCAUGGCUCGUACAAUAUUGAAAAGGUCUUAAAUUUUAGUAGUCAUCUUGAAAAGUCCUUGAAAAGUACUUGAUUUCUUUAUCAGGUCUUAAAAAGCCCCAGAAAUUCACUACCUUAGCUAUGCGCAACAUAAUUUUCCCGAAAAUUAGAUUUUUUGCUGAGGAAAAGUUGGCUCAUCCACAGUGUAAGAACCUCCAAAACUCAUGGGUAACGUAAAAAACAUUUUUUUUGUAUAAACAAUAUUUUAUUUCUGUUUCUUUAUUUUGAAUACUAUUUCUGUACAUCAGAUCAUAGUUAUUAGAGGAGACUGGUUAUGAAAAGCGGCAAACAUCAAUGAGAAAAACAACAGUGCUGCAGUUUAUGUUCAAAGCACCGUGAAAGUGCACAAUCCUCUGUUUUCUCUUGGCAAAUUGUUACGGAAUAAAUUAAUGCAACGUUUUUAUUAGUCAAUACAAUCAAAAUGAUAGGAAUUCUUUUGAACAUUGUGCACUUUCAGGUCCACAAAAACAUAUAGCAAAGGCGUCUGACAGGUUUCAUAACCAUUCCACUCAAUUAACUAUGAUCAGGUGCAAUAAAUUGCAAGUCAUUUUGUAAAGUGUAAUUGUUGCGGAAAUUAUAAACUAAACAUGAUCAACCAUGGCUGAAGAAGUAAAUAUGGUAAAUGACUCCAUGACAUGUUUUAGCCAUGCAUGAGGUGUUCAAAAGGGGGUGAAAGAAUGCCGAUUUAUUGAACAUUGAAAUACAGAAAAUAGUUUCAGCCAACUGUAGUUUGAUUCUCACAGACAGUUUCUGUUUGUUACUUGGUAAAAUUAGGUUUAGGAGACAAAGGAACUUGAGAAUCAGCUAGGCUGAAGCCAUUUUUUACCUAAAGAGCUAAGCUGUAAAACUCAUGACUUUCAUUUCACCCUGAUUUCAUGUCAGUUCUUUAUCUCACCAUCAUUUGUAACACCUAAGACCAAAGAAAUAUAAAAUGUGAACCAUGGAUAAAUUUGAAUCAUUGAACCAAAAAAAGCUUUUUUUUCCUCAGGAAUUUGGUGAAGCUGGUACAAUGCUGUCUGCAACUUGUGACGAGUUUCUUAAAAAUCUUUGUGAUUGUGUGGAACUGGCUGAAGGAAACUUUGGUGAGUACAGUAAAUUACCUUAAACUGCUACUUAUAAUCCCUGGACUAUAAUAUUAUACCACUUCGUAAGGCCGAGGGGCUUAUAUCCAAGAGAGCUUAUAACCAGAAUAGAAAAGUGUUUUCAUCAAAAUGAGGUAUAGCAGCACUUUUUUGCUUAUCAAAUACAUUUUGCAUUUACUGGAUGGUUUUUAAUAAUAUUGUAAGUUUUAAUCAAUAAAAUUUACAGGAUUUUUACUAGGCCUUUUAUAGUCGACCUGCUAUCUGAGGGUAAGCCAAUGAUAAAUACUGUACUACUGAACAGAAUGUGCACUUGAAGUGCUCCACGAGAUAUUGCAUGAGGAAAAUUAUUUUUACUAGCCAUACAAAAAGCGCGAUACAUUAGAAACUAUAAUUUCGCAACUGUGUAAGUAAAUUUACGUGCCACCCACCAAUUUUACCUACUACUAGUAAAACUCUACCAGAUGGCAUAACGCUAUGUUACAUGUUGUUGGUUGAGAGCAUCAUGCUCCAUUAACCGCGUUUUACAAUUGAGUUGUAAAACUUUCUUAAUAUUAUCAUAAGUGUCAAUAAAAUUUACAUGCUUUUUAAAACAAUCAACCAAUGCAACUCAUUUAAAACUGGCAUGAUGUGGGCAUAUUUUCUGGUCAAACAAUCAAGUCUUGCAGCAGCACAAAGUCAUCAUAGUUACAUUCUGCUUGCUGAGGAAUGUUUCUUUUUUUUUCUGCUGAUAGGGAGUUCGUCAUCUUCGCCUUCCUCACCAACCACUUCAAUGAGUAAGGUAAUGCAGAAGAGUGUUUAUUCAUGACUGUCACAUGUUAAGAUUUAUGCAUUCAGUAAUAUUAGACUAAAGGUGGAUUUCCACUGUCGUGCAAUUUUUAUGUGGGUGGGUACAUGCGUAAAUAAAAUAGAGGCAAUAUAUGGAGGGUAACAUGUAAACGUAGAAGUUGAACCUCACUCAACUGUUACAUUUACGCACUGCCUUUCUUACAUUGCCCAGUCUAUUAAUUUUUAUUUACGCAGGUAUCCACCUGAGGACCUUAAAAUGACCCUUGAAAUGUUUUUUGUUCUUCUCUUUAAUGUCUUAAAGUAUUUUGCUUUACACUGGAAGGGAGUGUUUAUAUCUAAAUCAUGCUCUGUUUGUAGACUUUAUCAUCAUCAAAGCACAGUGCAUUCCGAAAACAAUUGCUUCAUGAAACACACAGGUCAGUACAUGUUGCUGCCAUCAUUAACAUAUUAGUUAAUAUGAUUAUUAUAAAACCAAGACGAUGGUGAAUAAUCUUUUUUUGGCCUGUUUGAAGGAUGAAAUUUCAAAUUGCGUGUUAGUUUUGCUGACAAUUUUUUAAGCAUAAAUGAUUUUGAUAAUGAAAAGGAUUGUACUACUGGUAUCACCUCACCAUCAACUAUCGCCACCAAGAAAGAUGUAUCUUAAUACUUAUUGAAAGGACAAGUCUCUAAAAAGAAUUCUGUCACUUUAAAUUUACAUUGGAAUUUAAGGAGGUAAGGUUCAAGUGACAAUAUUAACCAACUUUCAUAAGAAAGAACAAAUAUCACCUCUCGAGCUAUGCAAAUGAGCCGUUUUAAGGCGUUUUAAAAAAAGUCGCAAUUCACAAAAAAUAAUACUAAAGAUGAGAAGUUCGACGCAAGGUGUGAAUUACAAUCGAUUAACUUAUAUUUGGGCUUGAGGAAGAAGUAACAAUCCCAGGUAAGUAAACAGUGUCAAUUAUUGUAGAGGUGGCGAGUAGACUUCCUUGAUGGCGAUUUCAUUGGUGGCGAGAUGGUUCGGUGGCGAGGUGACCGUAAACCGUACUUCCUAUUCCCUCUUGCCCUUCCUUCCCUUACCAUCAGAAUUUCUGACAACUGUACUUUAAGACCGCAACCACACACCGAAAUAUUGGUGAACUAAGAUAUUUCUAGCACGAAUUUCUAUAUUUGAACAAGAUAUCGCGAUAUUACAAUACAAUAAAAUAUGCUAAACCAGCGGGUCUCUUAACAUUAAUCCUAGCUUUUUACAAUAGUGUAAAAAUCAGGUAGUGAAAAUCUGCUUUCAAAAUGGUUUUAAAAAUUUCAUGUUCACUGCUCAAAAAAUUCCUUUGAACAACUUGUCAGUUGUCGAGAGUUUUUCACAUCUUAUCAUUUUCACAUUUAAUCUAGAUCAUCCUCACCUCCUCCAUCACCCACUUCAAGUGUGGCAAGUACGUUAAGCUCUUCUUACAAUGGUGAGUGAUUCUCUUUUCAAUUUGCACUGUAGUUUGUCUUGAGACUAACCCCUCGUGACAUGGGUAAUGAGUUUUGUUAAACUUCAAAUCAAUUUCAAUUUGAAUUUUAUUUGAAUAAAUAUUUGUAAAUACCUUAAAAUUCCGAAAAUAAGCCCCGGGGCUUAUAUUUUUCAAAGGCCCUUUUUAAGGGGCUUAUUUUUGGAGGGGCUUAUCUAAGGAGGGAAAUUUGCGUUUCAAAAUCGAUUGGGCUAGCCUUAUAGUUGAAGGUUAAUUUACCGUUUUUGCUUUGUUUUACUUUGUAUCUGUGGGUAAUUUUGCAAGUACAAACCCCCGGGGGCUUAUAUUUGGAGGGGCGAUUUAGCGGAGGGUUUUUUUUGCGUUACCGUUUUGGGGGGGCUUAUAUUUGGAGGGGCUUAUACAUGGAGGGGCAUAUUUUCGGAAUUUUACGGUAUACAACACAAAGAGACUGGCCUGCAAGUAGCAUUUGCUAAUCUGAGCUGAACAGUCACACUGACCAAAACAUUACAAUGAGAAUAAUUUUAAAAUAUUUACGAAAAUAACAAAAGGAGACUUGGGGUGUGUUCCUUUGAGAUGAUCCGGAUCAGGAUCACUGAUCCGAGAUCACUCGGAUCAUGGUAGAUCAAAUGAACCAAUGAAUCCACUCUGAACAAGGAUUCAUCGGUUCAUUUGAUCUAGCAUGAUCCGAGUGAUCUCGGAUCAGUGAUUCUGAUCCGGAUCAUCUCAAAGGAACGCACCCUUGAUUACUUACAGAAGUUUUGGUAGUUUACAUAAGUGAAUGUAAUUGUAUACUCUUGAUCUUUCUUCGAUUGUUUCGUGUCUCCCAUCAUUUAAAGAAAACAUACAGUGGAUAAACUUGUUAACUUACGCUCGGAGUUAACAAAUUAUAAACAAUUAUUGGAUGAGGUUUUUGUGAUACCCAGAAUAAUUAAGGUCGAGGUAGGGGUUAUCAGCCGAAGCCGAAGGCUGAGGCUAAUAACCCUUACCGAAACCUUGAUUAUUCUCGAUGUCACAAAAACCGAAUCUAAUAAUUGUGUUAUUAUACAUUGAACGAAUCCUUUCUUUCCCGCUUCGCCAUAAAAUGUUUUCAAAGUUUGUGCCAACUCUUUCUUUUCCUCAGGUUCUCUCAGUUUUUUCUCUUUCACAUAAUCAUCAAACAGCUCCUUUGCCACCUUCGUCGACCUUUUUGUGUUUAUGAGUCCUUGUCUUCAACUAUUUUUUCGAUGUCUUGCUUGGUCAACGAAGCAAACCUGACCCCAACUGUUCAAAAGGUGGAUAACGCUAUCCAGUGGAUAGUCCAAUUGGUUUCCCUAAUACGUAUCCACUGGAUAGAAAUUUAUCCGAUGGAUAGCGCUAUCCAGCUUUUGAACAACUGGGGCCUGGAAGUCAUGUUUUUGCUUCUUUGCUGACGGCAAGCAACACAAAGCGCGCGAACUUGACAUAAUUACCUUUAGAAAUUUUGCACCGCGGUCACACAUGACAUGAUUACCCGUGACCUUGAGUGUCCUUGACAUGAUUAUUGUAUAAUCUGCAGCUAGAUGACGUCCCAGACACUGAUUUCGAAAAUUCACUGUACGCUUUCGGCCAAUCAGAAAAGAGAUAGUGAGUUGAAUGUAUAAUAAUAGGAAGAAAAUGCGGAACUGCACGAGGAACGUCCGACCUCCCCGAGCGCUAUAUGCUCGGGGUAUGUUUGUCAAUGGCGAUAAUAUAAUCUUUUAACCAAUCGGACACAUUUUGGCGUGGAGUGUUAACAAAAAGGUUUGAUACUGAAUUACUCAACAGUCGAUCCUCUCUGAGAUGGAGACCUUUGGGUACCGGCACUAUUGUAUGUGUACGUCUUUGAGAGAUGACAUUCUUAUAAACAGUCAACUAAAAGUAGUAGCAAAAAGUAGAGACCAAUUCUAAGUGUCCAUUAAGAGAGAGUUGAUUGUACAACAAAUGUGGUUAUACGUUCAAUCUAUUGCAGGGCCACCAAGCCUGGCAACUAUGAGUGACCAAUCAGGAAGCAGCGAGAGACCACCAUCUUCAACUGUCAAGCACCUUUCGACCCAGACCCCCUCUCAACACGUUGGAAAUCGUUCAUCUACGAACUCCUCCGACCAUACUGACCGCAGGCACGGACAAGCCAGUAGAGCAGGAAGUAAUUCUUCUCUCAAUCACAAGGCAAUUCACAUUGAAUCCUCAAGAAAUUCCCUGGAUUCCCAGUCUUCCAAUUCGAAUUCCGAAGACAUGAAGGAUGAACCGCUGACGUUCUUCACUGCAGCAAAAUUUCGGUAAGUCUCUGACUGAUCGUUUAACUGUAAGUAUUCGUACGCGGCCGUAUAGGUUCAUUUUUUUAACACCUUAUGUUGUAUUGUAAUCAUUUACGCAAACGGUCGUGUUGAAAAUUGAAUGGCAAAAAGUGUAUCGAUAUUUUGGAUCUUUCGUCUAUUUUGUGAAAAGGACCAGCUACAAAGGGCAGAUUUUCAAUUGUUUCCCAAUGUACCGGCUUUGCUCGAGGCUUUUUCUGAGGGCGAAUUUCCAGUGCCGAAGGAGCGAGCCGCUAGGGGAUCUGGGGGCAUGAACCUCCUCGCCCGCUGAAGAAAAAAAAAAGAGAAAUGAAUAUCUAAGAGAUAGAACCUGCAUAACAGGCGUUAUUUUUCUUCGAUCGCCUGAAAAAUGCGAACAAAUAACGCCUGUCUUUAUGUAGGCUAAGAGAUGCUGUGUCGUAUGGACCCAAUUAAAAGUGGGUGCUGGAUUAAUAUUCUUUUAUCUAAUAUUAGCCUGACUAACCUUGAAAUAAGCUAUUCUUUUGAACUCUAUAGUUAAGAACGAGGCUAGUCAGGCUAAUUUUAAUUAGCACAAAAGAUAAUUUAUCCAGCAGCCAUGUUUGGGUCCAUGACAUCUAAGUACCGCACAUGACAUGGUAUAGAACCGGACGAAACGCCUUCCUCCGGUCUCGAACGGAAGCCCACUAACUUGAGCCAAAUCAACUGAAGAGGACUAGCAAGGAUAGGACUAAAAAAUAUAUCGCCUCAGCUGAGAGUCUAUAUUUUCUAAACACUUUUUGAUUCGGAAUUCCCAGUUUUCCCUCGUAUUGAUGGAAGUUAAUCCUAAAGCCUGAACUGCAUUUUUUAGGUUUGAAAGGAUGCAGAUCGGAGUGGAUAACGGCAUCCCCACGAAACCAUUCCUUUCGUCGUGUUCGUGUAUUCUUCCAUUUCUGGGUGAGUAGAUACUCAAGUCUAUUAGCCUAUGAGCUACAAGUAAGCGAAUCGUGGGCUAAAAGAACGAACAAGUGCCGUGCGUUUGACGGUAGCUACCCACUUACUUUGUAACUUUGUAACCUUCCAGAAGUUGAAUUCCAAGGAACCAUAUCGAAGUUCAGAAAGAGAAAUAGUUUCGUCGUUGCUUGCUUGCGUUCUCAAUAAAACGCGAAAUUAGGCAUUUUCACGUCGCAGUCGUGCAAAAACCGCAAAGAAAUGUACAAAAAGUGUGAUGCACGUGCGGAGUUGUUGUUUUGCUUAUUAAACCUUGUGUUUCUCGAUAACGUCGCGUCAUUGGAUCUUAAAGUCCCUAUUGAUGUGGUUGACGUCAACUGUCAAAAUUGACCAUUCACAGAGUAUACCAGGAGCUGAAUGACCGGACGGGAAUGAGGUACCGAAAACAAUUCUUACAGGAUUCACCUGCCCGUCUCUCCCCAGCUCCCUCGCGGUGCUCGCGCACCUUUUCUCGAUGUGCGUUCCCUACUAUCUCGGAGCCUGGAACAGGCCGUACUUGAUUUUACAAAACGUCCUAUGUGAUAGGAUCUACAAUACUCGUCACAAAUCUUGAAACACUUGUGUGAUUUUCCCCUUCCCCAAUGUUGAUUUGGGUAUUACAGUCGUCUCAGUACUCCAAAAUACGCGUGGCUCAGCAUUGGGAAAGGAGUGGGGCACAUUUGAGGGAGAACGAGGGUGUCAGGAGUGAAUGUAAGAAAGACAAAUGGCUCCUGUUUCAACGAUUUGUGACGAGUAUUGUAGGCUUUCGGUUGGUCCGAGUUAAUCGCCCCUCUCGUUAUCGAAAUCACUUUCCAUAUGAUAAGGCCAAAGUUAGUUAACUUAUCGAUAAGCAAUAAUGAAAAUGAAGGGUAGGUGCCAAUUGUGAGCAAUGCGAGCAAUAAGCAAAUGAAUGUGGGCAAAAUACAAAUAAAGGGGGGAUACCAUGGCAUUCUCCAACGGGUCACCUCCCUGGCACCUAUCACACCGAUUCUCAGUGGAGAAUAAAGAACACAAAAGAACUUACACUAAACCUGAACAAAGGAGUUUCGAAGAACGAAGAGGCGAGUGGGAGGGGACGAACAAAGGGAAAAAGCUGCAAGGUAACUCCAAGCAAGCCACAAGGGCAAAACUACGUGGCAAUGGCUUGAAUGCGCAUGCGAAAUGCGAUCACCUGCUGACAAAAGGAAAUCUCCCAGUUAAAUAUGAUUAUUGAUAAUCUCAUUAUAACGACUGAUAACCGAGAUCUAGUGAACUAAAAAGAAAGCUAGAAAUGCUUUACCCGAGGUUUAGAAUUUAAUCAUCCCUCACCAUGUGGGGCAAGCAGAUGAUGGUCCAAUGAAUCCAUGCAAGUCUCAGUGAGGUUACUCUAUACUUUACUUUAGAUCGAGGUCAUUCGAGGUUUUGUUUCAAUUUGUCAGAUGUAGUUCCUUCUGGUGAUUGUCUUGUUGAAAAUGUGCAAGCAUAAUUUCGAGCAUCUUCAAUAGUAAGUUAUAGGGAAAGAGAGUUGUUCUUGUGGAUUUAUUUUAUCUUUCGUCUUUUUGUUCUCAGACAUUCUUGGAUCAACAGCUUUCGCCCCUGUGAAACUAGACAUCAGUGGGAAUAUUAAAGUAAGACAUGUUUUUGUUUUGGCUAAAUCUUUCUACUUUUAUUACCAUAAUAAAUCAUAAAUUCUCUAUCAGUAGCAUUGUACAGUUUCAACGCCAAUACACAUUUCAAAUAAUCCUCUAGUUAACGAUGUGUCAAGUUGUCUGCAUACUUUACUGAAUUUUUUUACCGUUUUGUUGUAGAAACUCGAAGCUAAACAUGAAACCGAUCCCAAAGCGUUUGUUACGCUGCAAAAUAUCGUUUAUCAAGAACUCAAAAGCAACACAUGUACAGCGAAAAACUCCGCAACAGACGCAUUGUUGUGGCUUAAAAGGUAACGGACCGAAAUUCACACAGUUAAUCUUCUAUAGUACUGAUACCAUUUAAGUAUGGACAGUCUUAUUGGUCCCAUAAGGUAAAUUUCUACUGACGGGUAAAUAAUGUAGAGGCAAUGUAUGGGUGGAUUUCCACAGUCGCGUAAUUUUUACGUGAGUACGCACGUAAAUUUUACGCGCGUGAAUAAAAUAGAGGCAAUGAAUGUAUCGAAGGUCUCGCGUAAACAUAAAAGUUGGACCUCGCUCAACUUGCGUUUACGUACGUCCUUUCAUAUACAUUGCCUCUAUUUUAUUUACGCGCGUAAAAUUUAGGUGCUUAGUAAUGGUAACAGGACUGAGUAGAGUCCAAUUCGGUCUGUAAUCAUACGAGUGAUUAACAAAAUCGGACGACCGCGUAGCGGGAGUCCGAUUUGUUUAAUCACGAGUAUGAUUACAGACCGAAUUGGACGACACGAAGCUCUGUUACCAAUUAAUCGUAGCUUUAACAAAAUUUGUGAUCUAAUAGGCUAUUUUUUAAAUCAAAACACAAGAAAUUCGAAAUUUUGUUUUGCUAGCAGUGAAAAAAAAAAAGCCAUUUAAGCGCGCGCGUGAUGGCGCGUACUGUCCAAUUACUUAGGCAUGACGCGUACUGUCCUAUUAACUGUCCAAUUAAGGCUGAAAUCAGGGCAGUUGAUAGCCAAUCAGAUUUGACAAUUUUGUUAUAGUUAUGAUUACUCUAGUAAAAAUUACGCGACAGUGGAAAUCCGCCUUAUGGAAGGUCGCGCGUAAGCAGAAGAAGUUAAUGGAGGUUCAACUUCUAGGUUUAGUUCAUUUACACGCCUACCCACGUAGAAAUUACGCUACAAUCUUCGCCUCGCAAUAAAGGGCACCUCUGCCUCUGGAAUGCGGAUGCUUUGCUCUAUGUUUUGUUAUCAUCAUUAACCCAGAAAUUUUCAACGACGAUUUUUAGCGUAACCUUAACAGUCUCUUGGAACAACAUUAUAACAAAUGUUGCAACAAUAUGGCAACGCUGUAUUGCUCUGAAAAAAGUCGUUGCAAAGGGCGUUUUUAACCUAUGCAUCUCGCCAUCUUCCGUUUGUUGUAUUUCCAGAGCUUUGGAGUUCAUGCAGGUGUUUCUCGCCGAGGUAGCUCGAGGAGAAAAAGACCUCGCCGUAGCAGCAGGUAGGUUAUCAACGAUCUUUAGAUUUUACAAGGAGUAUACAUUUGGAAUUUUGAACCAGUUAAUAUGUUCUCAAACUUUCAGUCUUUCUUAUUUUGUUCUUUUGCUGAAAAACUUGUACUUGCACGUAUCUAAUCUCCUAUUGGUUAUCCAAUCUUAAGGCGACUUUUAAUUUCAGUAUUAAAAAGUAAUAGAAUGGUAGAACCCCGAUAACUCGAACUCGGAUAACGCGAACUCCCCGCUAACUCGAACUGUAAGUCCGACUGACCCAUUUCCCUUGGAUUUCACUCUACUUUUAAGUCAGUUUUACUCGGCUUGCUCGAGCUCGGAUAACUCGAAUUUACCACUACCUCGAACUAAAUUCCCUUUCCCUUAAUAAAAAAUUCACUUAAAUUUACCCCGAUAACUCGAAUUCUUGCUCUUCUUACACAACUCGGAUGCCAUCCCAUUAGCUCUUCUUCUCGUAUAACGGUAAAGACACUAAAACUAACACUCGUCAGCACUACAGUAAACUGACUGCAAUUGGUGCAACGAACGGAUCACGCUUCAUCAUAAAAAAUUCCUAAUCAGUGUUACCGUUUCUUAUGAAAUAUUAAGUUAAAUUUUCACUGCACUAUACUGUCUAUUCACUGAAAUGCUGAAAAAUCAGUAACUUUCAACUUUGAAUGGCGAGUUGAAUUUUUCAAUCGACCCCGAUAACUCGAACCCUCGCUAACUCGAACUGUUUUUCGUUUCCCUUCAGAGUUCGAGUUACCGCGGUUCUACUGUACUUGAAGUGUGUGUAUGUCUUCAUUAUCGUUAAUUCUCUCUAUGGUCUCUGUGUUUGUUUCAUAUUGUAGGCACAGCAUACGGCAAGACACUACGCAGAUAUCAUGGUUGGGUAGUACGAGGUGUUUUUGCGGUAAGUGUGUUGACAAAUAUCUAAGCUCACAUCGACCUUGUUAACUUAAGUAAAAACCGUUGUUGGGUAAGAAUUAUGUUUAGAAGAUGUUAAGACACAUAUGUUGUUGGGUAAGAAUUAUGUUUACAGUUUAUCACCUCUAGGUUUAGGUACUGACCUUUCGUGGCGUUCUAUUGACUUUUACAUGCCUGGUAGGAGGCAACAAUGCUCGUGGAAAAUCAAUCAAUCAAUCAAUGUGGGUUUUAGACACAAUAUACACUGUAGCAUCUCUUUCCCUGGCUGUUUGUGAUGUUUAGAUGUGUGUAGCGUUCCAGGGGCACCCAAAAUCCUGAAGAGUGGGGGAUCGAUUUGAUAAAUUUAAUGACCAAGUUUUGCUUGUUUUUCAUGGUUUGUUUUAGCUGGCAGUGAAGGCAGUGCCAUACCGAUCAGAUUUCCUUACCUCGCUUGGGAGCACUGAAAAGAGCAUAGCUCCUCAUAAGGACGUCAUACGGGAUAUGAAGCUUUGUGUGGAAGGACUCAGUCGAGUUACGAACAUUUUAAACCAGUUUUACCGGAAACACAAACUCGAUUCUGAGGAUACCGUGUGACGAUGUCAAGACUUAACGCUUGAUUGGAUUAGGUUUGCUGUUACAACGUCACGCUUUCCUUUGACCCUUGUCAUGCGUACUGCUAUAAACGUAGUGUCACGUUCAUGUGUACAUUAACUCAUAAUGUGAAUUUAUAUUUGAAAAAAUAUUUUUAAUUUAAUUUAUAUGUUAUAAUGUGAUAAAUUAUGUUUACGUUGCCAGUCGAUUCGAGUUAGUUCUUGACUUUCAUUUUUUUAACGUGUUGUCCCCUUCAUCUAAUAGGGAGCUUAAGCAUCUACGACGGCAACAAAAACGUUAGACAAAAAGUGAAUUCGCGCUGCUUCAAACUUCUUCUCGCCUAUUCCAUCUCGUUCAAUUUGUCAAAUGUUGGCGAAUUUUUCUGGAGUUGAAUUCUAGAAGAAUUCGUUCGUUCGUUCGUUUUCUCGUGUUCAGGUUCUUCGUAAACCGUGAAAGUAGAAAUUUUCACGUCGUAGUCGUGCAACGGCUGCCAGGAAAUGUUCAAUAAAGCGUGAUUUUGCACGUGCAGAAUUGUUGUUUUGCCAAUCUAAGGCCCUUUCCACGCUUAUGCGUUGUCAUCGAAAACGCAUCGAUCGAUUCGCGUCCACACGACCGUUUUGAUGGAUUUUGGACUGUUCACACUCAAACGUUCGAAAACGAUAGAAUUGUACGUUUUGGCGUAAGUUGAACCCUAUGUGCAUGCUACAAACACACGCGCCUGCGAUAUUUCGAUCUUCGUUUUCAUUUUGAUGCGUUUUCGCCGUCCGCACUAAUACGACAUGCGUUUUCGUUUUGAUCCACUUUCAGGAGCGGUUUCAAAUCGAUGCGUUUUCGACGAAAACUCUCAGCGUAUUUAUGUGGACGGAAGGCCUACACGCAUCUUAAUGUAUGCGUUUUCAAACGAAAACGCAUUAGUGUGGACGAGGGCCUAACCCUAAUGCUUUUUGCCGUUCUCGUUGCCGUUGCUGUAGUCGUUGCUAAAGCUCCUUAAUAUGAACUCUGCAGCACAGGUCCCAAUGACACUUGUAAUACCGUAUUUAUUCGAUUAACCGCCCUGUGCGCUUAUUAAAUUUUUGGACCUUGAGAGUGGGCGCUUAUUCGAGGCAGGGCGCUUAUUAAAUUUUUAUUAUUUUCAGCAAGUGAAGUAUGUUUAUUUUGCAACAAAACAAUAAUGCUAAUAACAAAACGCGAAGAAGUAACAAAGCAAGGUUUCUGUAAAAUACUCUGAAGAAAACUCCGUCUUCGGGGAAGUCUCUUAUUAGAAUUUAUUCACUCAAGUGAAUGGGUUGGGGGUGAGCGCUUAUUUGAGUUUGAUUGGGAGGAGGUGGGGUGGGCGCUUAUUCGAGGCUGGGCGCUUAUUAAAUUUUUCUGCCUUUAGGAUGGGCUCUUAUUCGAGGUGGGCGCUAAUUCCAGGUUGGGCGCUUAUUCGAAUAAAUACGGUAUGAGGUUUUCUCUUACCUUUUUAUUGGGGAACGUGCAACAAGCCGAAGUAUUUCUCAUUGCUAUCACUUAGUGUUUCCCCAAACGGAACGACAAAAUUUAUAUUUUAUAUUGUGACGAGCCUUUGGCGGGCUUGACAUAGAUUUUAGUAGUACCAUAACUUACUGUAAAUUAAACUGACUACAGCGCCACGAAAGUGAUACAUUGUUUUCAGCACAGAACUUCUUUUGUUGAUUCAUGCAAGGCCUAGUCACACCCUAGUAGCCUUCCAUUGCGGACAAAUAUAUCUACCAAUUGGUCACUUAAGAAACGACUGAGAAAGAAAGAAGAAAGGGCGGC